UAAUAAUGUUUAUUAGGUAAAAUAUGUGUAAACAGAAGCAUAAAAAUCAUAAAUACAGUAAUAAAUAUUGAUUAACAAAGGAUAUAAACUACAAGAGGUUAGAAAAUUUCAAUGUUAAAAUGAUUGGCAAGAUGGCGCCCGUCAAAUACCCAGUGUGCCCCGCGCGAUUGAUUUGCGCAUGUCAGUUAUUCGCAUUGCAAAUGGCGGCUCCUUGUUAUUGUUCAUGGCGUUUUAUGACUUGUCCCUUUAUAUUACCGAUUAUGUCGAGUUUUUUCGUGAUUCCUACCGCGCGCUGUGUGCAGAAAGUGAAGUAAGACUUGUCCGGCAUAUUUUCGAUUAAAAUUAGUGCUCCUGUGGUGUGGCUCCGUGCAUUUUGGACGCGAGAAAUCCCGCACGAAGUUGCAAAGAAAUGGGGUAACGUUAAAAUUUUCUUGUGUUCAUACGGUAUGAAAUCGUUCUGUGCAAAGACUGAAGUGAGGCUAGUUGAUUACCAUGAUCUUCGUUAUUGAAUUUUAAGUUUAUUAUGGUAAGCAUAACUAAGUAUGAAACAUAUAAGGAGGCUGUAAAAUAAAAAUGUUCAGACUUUUGACGGUCUAUCUUGAGCAUGCUUGAGCCCACUUCACGUACACCUCCCCCGACGGACAAAAUGGUGGCCCCCCGAUAUCCAGUGUUCUGGAUGCCUUAUUUUAUUAAAAAUCGUUAUGAAAAUUGUCAAACUGAAUUAUUUUUUCAUAAAAAUACUAAAUUUCAAGUAACGUGACAAUCUCCAUUUUGCGUUUGCUUGAAAAAAAAUAUUCUAUAACCUAUUUUCUUCCACAUAGAAAUUGUGCCCCUAUCUUAUGGCCCAAAAGAUUUUAAUUGCAGUUCGUGAGUGAAACAAUAAGCAUAUUUAUUAGUGCUGGCGUUGUUUGGAGUUGUCGGUUUAAAACCGACAGACAAACAUCUUAUCACCACAUACUGUAGUGAUACCCUGAGGCGUUUGUAACCUCUCUGGGUAGUUAUGUGAUUUGUGGUUGUCAUGGCGGCUGAUAGUGAUGGUGAUCUGAUUCAAACGGUGGUAACGUGUGAGGGUAACCUAGAAGAUCCUGAGUUUCCACAUAAGUUUAAAACCAUUAUUGAUCGUCUUAAAUCUUUGCUUUGCAAAGAAAAAGGUGAUGGUUUAAGAGUAAAUAAAGUAGAGCCAUGGAAUUCUGUCAGAGUCACAUUCUCAAUACCCAGAGAAGCUGCAUUACGUCUUCGAGAAUUAGCAGCUCAGGGUUCUCCAGCUCUUACACAACUUGGAAUUCUUUCGGUGCAGGUUGAAGGAGAUCAGGUAAUAUCAUUAAGGAUAGCCAACCGCUUUAGCGGAGAGGCACAGGAAAUUGUAUUACGUUCAGGAUCCUCACAGGACAGUGGUGCCAAAUCACAAAAUGAAUCCACUAGCAGUACAGCUAAUGCUGAUAAUGACACUCCAACAGCUUUACCUGGUCCAAGUAAUACAUCUAGUAUUUCUUCAGCAUUGCGUAAUGUGGCUCAAAUAAUAGCAGCUGGUACAUCAUCCGAAAAAACACCACAGUUUCGUUCACCGAAUGUAGUUGCACCUACAGACUGUGAUCCUAUCCCACCAUUUCUUGCAAAAUCUGUACAGUCAGCAUCAGGAAGUAAUAGUGUUGGUGUAUCUGGAAAUCAACCAGUUACUAAUCCCAGUGCUUCACCUAGGAGUAAUUAUAAUGGUCCAUUCCCAUUUGCAAGUAUGACGCAUGCUGCCCAAGCAAUACAUAGUCGCGAAUCACAAGCAACAAUUAAAAAUGCAAUGCAGUUUAAACAUCAUGUACAGCCACCUCCGCCUUAUCCUGCUCAAGAGAAUUUGGCGACAGUAACAACAUUAACUACUGGUCAUACUACCACUCAGUCAGUUGUGUCAGUUGGUCAGUUGACAAAUCAGUACAAGUCUUCGAUUACCACUACAUCUAGUCUGUCACCAAACAAUAAUAAUCUGGCAGGGAAUUCGAAUGGUAAUGGAAAUCAAGUUGCUUUGUCCAGUCCGCUUCUUGUAAAUCUUUUACAAAACGAUGCUGGCGCGCACCCUAACAAUGUGAUACCUGGUCAGAAAAUGUUACCACCAGCUGUUAUCGAUAAUUCUGGAAUUACUAAUCGUAUGAGACCUACGAAAAAGCCAACAGUUAGAAGAAAAGAUUUAUCCUCACCUAGUGAAUCACCACCAAAUUUAGAUUCACUUAGGACAGAAGAUCUUAUCGGAGGAACAGCAGUUGUAUCUGAUUUAUCUCAAUCUUCUGCAUCUGCAUUUGCAACCGUUAACGCUAAUCAGCCUUCAACUAUUCCCCAACAACAUUCGGUCAACGUGAUUGGUAGCACUGGGCAAAAUAUGACGCAACAAGUAAUGCAUCAAACUUCUACUAGCGGACAAAUGCAACAACCUGCUUCGUCAUUGCAUGCUCAAGUACAAAUUCAACAAAAGUUUCCCAUUAGGCAAGAAUUGGCUUACAGACCUUCACAGAUACAAUUACAAAGUCAACUUCCAAUUAGACAUCCAGUGAAUGGACAGCAAAUUCGAACACCUUUGCAGCAACGGCAAUUACUCCUUCAACAACAACAACAGCAGCAGCAGCAACAACAACAACAACAACAACAUCAAAUUUUGACGCAACAGCAACAAUUGAAUCAACAACAAAAUAUAAAUACUUCUCAUUUGCUUACGCAACAGACAUCAACGCAACAACAAUCAUUGGUACAACAACAAACUGUAAAUACAUCGUUGCAACCUACAUCCGUUCCCAAUCAACCACUUUUACAACAACAACAACAACAACAACAACAACAGCAGCAGCAGCAGCAGCAGCAACUGAUGCAACAUUCAACAGUGAGCAUGAGUAGUAUUUCACAACAACGGCUAAGUUACUUAACUAAUCAACGUCAACAAACUCCUCCUCCUUAUUCGCGACAACCGGUUCCAUCACAGUCCCAUUUAGGACAACAGAAUCAAGGAUUGAACGUGCAACAACAAUUACAUCAUAAUCAGCUGAAAAAUAUAAACGUUAACACUAGUGCAACGGCUGAUUUCCGUUACGGGCAGAGUCAAAAUAUUCUUAGUAGAAAUUACCAGGCAACAACCGGUAAUAGUAAUGGGACCACGUGGACCGCACAAAAUAAUUCUAUUCCACAGGGUGCUCAAGUCAAUACAACACGUCUGCCAACUACAAAUCAGGUUUCAGGUGCCUUUUCUCAAUGCGGAUCUCACACCAAUCAUGUUUCUAAUAGUAACGCUGCUUCGCCUACCGCUAAGGUUGAAACCUCUGAAUCUCCUAAACCUAAAGAAGAGACACCUGAACCGGAAUACACGUCGACUGGCAAAAUACGACAGUUUCUUAUCAACCCUUUAACCGGCCAUUUGGAACCAAUGCCCAGCGAGAGUUCAGAUUCGGAACCGGAAAGUGCGGUAGAUAAUCCGGAUGAUUUCUUUUCCUUUCCAUCCCCAUCAAACGAUCGAUCAAAUUCCAUAUUUUCGGACGACGAUGCAGACAGCAAUUUCUCAAGAAGAAACGACACAACAACAAAUACAGAUCAAUCAGAUUCUGAAACGACGGUAAAAUCUACUGCCAGUGAGGGAAGUUUGAAGCAUAGUAGAAUAAAAUCAAGUAGAGAAACCGCACAGAGCCCUAUGCCUGGAGAGAAAAUCAAACUAAGAUUAAAAUUAGAGAAAUCUGAACCUGUUACUCCGGCGUAUAAGGUUGACGUUUCUUUUGUAAACACACCACCGAUUAGGAAAGCCGAUAAAUCGGUAAAUAAAAUGUUUACCACUGGUAUUCCAAACUCGGGAACCGGCGAUGAACCGAGAGUGCCUCCGUUACAUAUUUCCUUAAGAGGGCGUAAUGCUUCAGUAGUACAAAUCCGAAAGAAAGAAAAGAAAUCAUUAAAGGAUGGAGAAUUGGAUCCGACUAGUAUAAAAAGGAGAGGAAAAUUAAAAAAAAUGAAAGGGUGCAUAGAUGGGAACAAAUUGUUGCAAAAAAAAUCGUCCUUGAGCAUGAUAAUAGGUACUUCAUCCGCAUCCAAACUACCUUUAUCCAAUUCCACAAUGAUCAAUAGUACCAAUACUAUCAGCAAAGUUAAUAAUAUACUUCAAACAGUUGUAUCAAAACCUAAUGCCUUAAAACAAGAAUUACCGAUCGAUGUUGUACACGUUCAAAGUGGCAUUACAAAACCAAGUUCAAGUAAAAGCAGUGAUGUUGACGAUAUACCGUUGAAUAGUAGAAUUCCAUCUCCUUCGAAACAUAAAUCUACUGUUCUGAAUCAACCUUUGAAUACGCAACAGUCCUUAACGAAAAGUCAAGUUGAAUUAGAUGUUCCAAAUCACAUGCAAGAACAUAAAAUAGGAGGAGGAAAAACCAAAAGAAGAGAUUCUAAAAAGAAAUCAGAAUCAGGAGAGGGUUUACAUCGCGAACAAAAUUUAUUAUCUGGUGGUAGAAUAUUGGAUAAUCAAGCAAAGUGGAGAAAACUUAAUUACAAAGGUGAUUCAGGUCAGUCUAUAAGAAAAGCUGAUGCGCUAUUGACUGGAAAUGAUUUCAAUGCAGUGAAAAAAGUAGGGGAAAUUAGAAGAACGAGUGAUAGCGACAUUAAUAGAUCGGCUGUUGAAAAGAAUAAUACAUUGAAUGCCGUUGUUGCUUCGCGAUUAACAGAAAUAAAUGGCAUUAAAAAAGAUUUAAUUAGCCAAGAGAAGAGAAGAAGAUUAAGUUUAAUGGACGAAAAAGAUCUACAUUUAGGAGAAUCUCAAGAUGCAGAGACUACGCACUUUAGUAAUCAGAAGACCAUUCCUGAAUGUUCUUCCGCUAAUACAGUUCCAAAUACAAAUACAAAAACUACUAGUAAUUCAUCAUUUGAAAAUGAGAAUUCUGGAUUAGUACUUUCGAAUAUGCCUGCACAAAAUGAUUCAAGUUCACCUACCAAUCUUGAAAACAAAGUAUCUACUCACGUAGAGGCUACUGUAAAAAAUGCACAGAUAUCUGUAAAUAGGAUUAUAUCGGUGAAAAAUAAGGCCGAUAUAGAUAAUUCUAAAGCAAACUCUAACCUUACAGCAAAAAGUCAAACUAUCAGUCAGAAAUUGAAAAACCACAUGGUUUCAAAGAACGACACAAAUGCUGCACUUAAUAGGCAUAAUAAAGUAGAGCAUUUUGGUCACAAGAAAGUUAUUCAGAAUCAUAUAAAGCAGGUUGAUCGAGCGAUCGUAGAAAAUAAAGUGGAUAAUACACAGAGAAUUAGUUUAUUGAAAACUACGCAAAGUUCAGCAAUAGGAAACUCAGUGGACCAAGUUCCCAGAUCCCAAAGCGUUGAUGUACCUUCCAGCAAGCCUGCAUUACCAAUUGGAGAAAUAAAUGUGACGGAAGCAAAAGUUAAGCAAAAGUUGCUUGAAACAACAGCUCCGAUCGCGAUCGGGGUGGAUGCGACGGUGGAAAGAGUUAGCAGUGGAGGAGGUGGUGAAGAUUCGGGUAUCGAGUCCAUGGAUGCUCUUUCAGAAAAGUCACCGAAUCAAGGGGAAUCUCCUUUGCACAGGCCAGCGACUGAACCGGUAACACAAAGCAGUGCAAAGACUGCUGUUCAAGGGGAAUCUUCCCUACCAAUCACCAAUAAGAACGUGCCUUCCUCAACUAGUAAUAGUGAUAUGUGUUCAAAUUCCCAUUCAGAACUUUUGAAGUCCAGUGGUCAACAAAGGUUAAGUCCUGUGUCUGUCACAAAUUAUCUUGAAAAUCAUUUAAACCAUAAUAUAUCAAACUCUAGUGAACAUGACAUUAAAGAUGUAUCUAGUGAAAAGUCAACUUCAACGGCAUCGAGAACUGGUGGUCAUAGUGAAAUGGUUGCUAGUUUAGAGGUGGCUGAUAACGAUAAAAGUGUAUCAAAUCCAUUAAUAACCGGAUCUGUGACUAUUGUGACUACUUCUGUACCGAGUACUGUGGAUAGUGAUAAUUUAUUGCAAUGCGCACAGCAGCAAACAAAUGACUUUUCUGAGAAAGACAAUUGUAGCAUUAAAUUAGAAGGUUCUAUCAAUCAGCAGCAUGAUCAGGGUAUAACGAAUCCAACACACCAAGUGUCGAGAGGCCCGGAAAGUGCAACUGAAGAUAAUAUAAAAACAGUCAUAGAUGAUAGUGCAAUUAGAUUAAACGAUGAACCUCAUGGACAAAAUAACAAUGGUGUGCCUGUAAUACAAAAUCAUGUUUCUUAUAAUAAAGUAAAGACAGAAAAGCUUGAUAAUACAGUUGCAAGUGAGGGUAACGCGGCGGCAGCGGCAGAUAACUCAUGUUCCAGUAGUCAGAGUUUUAGUUCAGAAAUCAAAGUAGAAUCUAAUAUCAAUAAAAAAGUUGACGAUACAAGGCAAAACGAUCGUACAGAUAACGCUAAAACUUCUAACAUUUCUUUGAACUCUUUAAACGCAACAUCCGUUAAGUUAGAGCAAUGUUCUGAUCAAAACCAAAAAUCUAAUGUACAAAGCCAUCAUCAAGUAUCCGUUAGAGAGUCUUCUAUGAAUCUUCAGAAAGUUACAGACGAUCUGGUUAAGAAAAUUGUGAACGAUACAAGUGACGUAAAUAUAGGUAUUCAAUCGCCUUUAGGUGAAGAUCCUCAACCGAUCCGAAUCACCCCACCGCUCUAUACCUAUUCUAAUCCAGUAGUUCUGCAGAGGGACGAGACUCCAAGCCCGGCAGCACAAAAUCCGGAAGUCGAUUCCAGCGAUGUCGAACAUGUGAAGAGAAAACGUAGAAGAAAACAGGAAUUAGAAGGAAGGCAGGAUGUCAUAUGUAUAGAAGAUAACGAUGAAACACAUUUUGUGGAAAGAUUGAAUUCUAACAACACGGACGAUUACGUUAAACGACCACCAAAGUCAUUGCUGGAACAACUUUUAAUAGAAAUCCCGAAUGAUACUAAUGAGAAAAGAUCUUUAAGAACGAGAUCCCAGAAAUUGAAUAGCCCUGACAUUGUAAAGACUCCUAAAAGUAGUCCUCAUGGUCCUAAUAAAUUAGAAGAGAGACGCAGUAUAUCACCAUAUGCUAAAGCAAGUCCAAAGUUAGGAGUGUCAAAAUUAUCUCCUAAUACGACAAUAAAAGUAGGGAAAAGGAAACGUCAAGAAAGCGAGAGUUCUGUAGCAUCUAGUACCGCUGAUGAUCCACAACCAAGACCAGGGAAAAGGAAAUGCUCUGAGAAUGCUGCAGAACUUAUUAAAGCUUGUAUAGGUGUAGACGAAGCUGGUUCGUUAAAGAAACAAGUACCUGCUAAAGAAGAACAGUCGAAAAAAGGAUUCAAUAUAUUGGCCAAGGCUAAGAAAGGUCCCAUUGUGGUAGAAGUAGAUUCGUCUGAUGAUGAACCAUUGAUUGAAUCAGUAGGAAAAGCAAGAAUGCGAUUAUCAGACGAAACAUCCGCUGCAUCUCCAAAGUCUAAAGAUCAAAAAACAAAUACAAGCACAACUGUUUCUGGCAGUCAAAUUAAUUCCAGUAAUAUAUCAAAUUUCAAUGCCAGUAAUAGAGUGCAAAGAGAGAGCCGUUUAUUAACCACCAAGCAACCGAGUACAACCGCGAUAGUUACAGCCGGAAAGGAAAGGCUACGUGGUACUUCUGCAUCCAGUAAUGAAUCCUUAGGGGAAGUAACAACAAGAAGAUCUGUUAGGCAGAACACAGCUUCGCCGUUGGCAACACCAGCAAGCAAUACAAGGGGUGCGUCUAGAUCAACGGAAGAUAUUACUAGACGGAAAACUCGAAGUGGUGCUGUAACAGCUGAGGCAGCAGAGCAGGCAAAGCGGAGGCGAAUAUCCCGAGAAAACAAAUGACCUUCGGGAAGUGACCUUGACAGUGAUUAGCUACCGUCGCUCGUCAAGGCCUAUCCAACUGAUUGUGUAUCUGUUAUAAAUGGUUAUGUGAUUGCCGUGUGGCUGGACCCCACCUGGUGAAACUACAUGCGUCAAUAGCGCACAAUGCUGUUGUAUGUGUUACAGGAGUAUCGUGUUUGGAGUGCUGGAUGGUAUUUCAAUUUUUUUCAUUUUUUUUUU